AUGAUAAGAGUUCGUGAAUACGUAUUGACAGUUAUAAUAUAUUGCAUCAAUUAUUAUUUUUUCUUCACUGUAUUGAAAAUAAAUUUAUUUUUCGUAAUCUGUUACAUAAUUUAUGUAAACAAUACUACUACUACUACUACUACUACUACUACUACUACUACUACUACUACUACUACUACUACUACUACUACUACUACUACUACUACUACUACUACUACUACUACCACUACUACCACUACUACUACUACUACUACUACUACUACUACUACUACUACUACUACUACUACUACUACUACUACUACUACUACUACUACUACUACUACUACUACUACUACUACUACUACUACUACUACUACUACUACUACUACUACUACUACUACUACUACUACUACUACUACUACUACUACUACUACUACUACUACUACUACUACUACUACUACUACUACUACUACUACUACUACUACUACUACUACUACUACUACUACUACUACUACUACUACUACUACUACUACUACUACUACUACUACUACUACUACUACUACUACUACUACUACUACUACUACUACUACUACUACUACUACUACUACUACUACUACUACUACUACUACUACUACUACUACUACUACUACUACUACUACUACUACUACUACUACUACUACUACUACUACUACUACUACUACUACUACUACCACUACUACUACUACUACUACUACUACUACUACCACUACUACUACUACUACUACUACUACUACUACUACUACUACUACUACUACUACUACUACUACUACUACUACUACUACUACUACUACUACUACCACUACUACUACUACUACUACUACUACUACUACUACUACUACUACUACUACUACUACUACUACUACUACUACCACUACUACUACUACUACUACUACUACUACUACGACGACCCACCCACGACUCCUGCUACUUGCAAGAAUCGAACCCAGGACCUCUGAACCACUGGGCUGA